CUGAGCAUUCGCUGAGAAAAUCUGUUGAGUUUCUUCUCUGGUUCAUUGUGCGAUUUGAUGCGGCCGAGAGGAAGAUCUCACAACCGUAGAUCGAGGAGCUUCUCCAGAUCCAGACUCGCCGUCGAGGGCCAUUGAACUCUCCCAAACCUCUCUCACUUUUCGUCUUUCUCCGAUUUCUCCGGCGUCCUCUUUCAGUUUUCCCGCGACUUCUCCGAAAUGGCGUCUUCUUACGGCGAAGAGCGUGAGAUCCAGAAGAGCUACUGGAUGGAGCAUUCGGCGGAUUUGACAGUGGAGGCCAUGAUGCUUGACUCGAGAGCCGCUGAUCUCGACAAGGAAGAACGUCCUGAAGUACUCUCCUUGCUCCCACCGUAUGAAGGGAAGUCGGUGCUGGAACUAGGAGCAGGUAUUGGUCGUUUCACUGGUGAAUUGGCUCAAAAGGCUGGUGAAGUCAUCGCCAUUGAUUUCAUUGAGAGUGCGAUUAAGAAGAAUGAAAGUGUCAAUGGCCACUACAAAAACGUGAAAUUUAUGUGCAUGGAUGUGACAUCCCCGGACCUGAAAAUCACGGAUGAAUCAAUUGAUUUGUUAUUCUCAAACUGGUUGCUGAUGUAUCUUUCUGAUAAAGAGGUUGAGCAUUUGGCAGAAAGGAUGCUCAGAUGGGUAAAGGUUGGGGGCUACAUUAUAUUCAGAGAAUCUUGCUUUCAUCAAUCUGGGGACAGCAAACGAAAAUCAAACCCGACUCACUACCGUGAACCCAGAUUCUAUACUAAGAUUUUCAAAGAAUGCCAGACUCGUGAUGGUGCUGGGAAUUCAUUUGAGCUCUCUCUGGUUGGCUGCAAAUGCAUUGGAGCUUACGUGAGAAACAAAAAGAACCAGAAUCAGAUUUGCUGGAUUUGGCAGAAAAUCAGCUCAGAGAGUGAUAGAGGAUUCCAACGUUUCCUGGACAGUGUUCAGUACAAGUCCAGUGGGAUCCUGCGCUAUGAACGUGUAUUCGGACAGGGGUUUGUGAGCACAGGAGGAAUUGUCACAACUAAGGAAUUUGUGGCGAAGCUGGAGCUCAAGCCCGAACAGAAAGUUCUAGAUGUUGGGUGUGGGAUCGGUGGGGGUGACUUCUACAUGGCUGAGAAUUUCGAUGUUCAUGUUGUAGGAAUCGAUCUCUCCGUCAACAUGAUAUCUUUCGCUCUAGAGCGUGCAAUCGGGCUCAAAUGCUCAGUCGAGUUUGAAGUUGCUGAUUGCACCACGAAAACGUAUCCCGAUAACUCAUUUGAUGUCAUUUACAGCCGUGACACGAUUCUGCACAUUCAGGACAAGCCGGCUCUAUUCAGGACAUUCUUCAAGUGGCUUAAACCAGGAGGCAAAGUUCUCAUCAGCGACUACUGCAGAAGCGCUAAGACCCCAUCCCUAGAAUUUGCAGAGUAUAUCAAACAGAGAGGAUAUGAUCUUCAUGAUGUUCAAGCCUAUGGGCAGAUGCUGAAAGACGCAGGCUUUGACGAUGUCAUAGCUGAGGACCGAACUGAUCAGUUCAUGCAAGUCCUGCAACGGGAACUGGACAAAGUUGAGAUGGAAAAGGAAGAAUUCAUACGUGACUUUUCUGAGGAGGAUUACGAUGACAUAGUGGGAGGAUGGAAGGCGAAGCUGGAGAGGAGCGCUUCGGGUGAGCAGAAAUGGGGAUUGUUCUUCGCCCUCAAGAAGUGAUUCCUUCUUUUUUUUUUUUCAGUUGAAUAAAGAAAGCUUUGUGUUUGUGUACUUUGGUCUGUUGUGUCUUUGUCCGAAUAAAACUGUCGUUCGUCGUGGACAAACAAGUCUUCAGCGUUUCUCCGCAAUAAUAAUAAUGAUCAUAAUACUGACUA